GAUUUUAAUCCCAAUUAUACACACAUUUUAACAAUCGAAACCCUAAUACAAGAAAACUCAGCAGCUCUAUCAGAUCAAAACCACACAAAAUGCAGGCGCACUGAUCUCAACUGGCCGGAAAACGUAGUCGGAGUUGGUCGUCGUCGGAAGGAACGCCGAGGGUGGAUUUGUGUGUUACUCUAGAUGGGUGCUCCUAAGCAGAAAUGGACAUCAGAAGAGGAAGCAGCGCUUAAAGCUGGAGUUGUCAAACACGGUGUGGGUAAAUGGCGUACGAUACUCAAGGAUCCUGAGUUUAACUGUGUCUUAUAUUUGCGUUCAAAUGUCGAUCUCAAGGAUAAAUGGAGAAAUUUGAGUGUGAUGGCAAACGGAUGGACCUCGAGGGAGAAGUCUAAGUUAGCAAUCAAAAGGGUGCAUUAUCAGACACCAAAACAGGAUGAUAACUCAAUGGAUACCACUCUUGUUGCUCCAAGUGAUGAAGACAUUGCUGAUGUUAAGCCUCUUCAUGUUUCAAGGGAUAUGUUGCAGAUUACUGGUCCCAAAAGGUCUAUUGUAAGAUUGGAUAACCUUAUAAUGGAAGCAAUAUCUAGCCUGAAUGAGCACGGUGGUUCUAAUAAAACAACUAUUGCAUCUUUCAUUGAGGACCAAUACUGGGCACCGACAGACUUCAAAAAGUUGUUGUCAGCGAAAUUGAAGUAUCUUACAUCUAGUGGAAAACUGAUCAAGGUGAAACGCAGGUAUAGGAUUGCACCUACCCGAGCAUAUUCAGACAGAGGAAGAUACCCAUCCAUGUUAAUGUUGGAAGGGAGGCAUAAAGCCUCGAUGAAAGUUGACAAGGAUGAGACCAAUAUCCCUACAAAGUCUCAGAUAGAUUAUGAAUUAGCAAAGAUAAGGUCCAUGACUGCACAAGAGGCAGCUGCAGUUGCUGCUCGAGCAGUUGCUGAAGCGGAAGCUGCCAUCGCUGAAGCUGAAGAGGCAGCAAAGGAGGCAGAGGCCGCAGAAGCGGAUGCUGAGGCAGCACAAGCUUUUGCUGAAGCUGCAAUAAAAACAAUGAAGGGGAGAACCACCCCAAAGAUGAUGAUCCAUACUUGAUGGAAGUGCAAAGAAUGAGACAUGAGGAGUGCGAUCCAUGGUGUUGAAUAGGACAGACAGCCAGACUCAUUUAUCAUAUUUGCUGGCAUUGUCUAUAUUUUACAUAUAUCAUUAUAUUGGAGACUUUUAUAGGGGGCUCUAUGCAGGCUUAUUAUAUCUAUUGUAGAUAGAAGCAUUGUUUGAUUAUUCCUUGUAAUAUCUUGAGAGCGGUUGUUCCCAUCAGCACUCUACCAAAGUGCAAAUGUACCAAUUGUAGAAAGUAGAUGUUUAGAUGAAUGGGAAUCUAUUCAAAUUUCUGCACAAACAUACAGCUUUUUUUGGGUUACAAAAGCAUACAGCUGUAUUAGUUCACUCUUUCAAAUAAAAUAAAAAAGCCUUUUAGUGGAAACAAGGUUGCACCA